AUGUUCGCAUCGCCCCCACAAUCUAUCUACCAGAGUAAACUCUCUUCUCAACAGCCCAGCAUGGAAGAUCGCACUAACAUGCCCGAAUUUUCGGAUACUAAAGAAUCUCCCCUAUCACCCUCCAGUAAUCUCGAAGUGAUCGACUCAUCCGACAACAUUCCUUUACCAAUAUCCAAUCUUAUAAACGACAGAAAUGUGCAGCAAACUCCCUGUUCGGGGCCUUGUCCUACUAGUCGAAAAAGCGAGCCAUCAAAACCUGCAGAGAAUCCUAUAAUCACCACAGCAGAUUCAUCACCUCCUCGUCUCGAAAAAGAACUCCACCCGCUCGAGGAAAACAAAAACAGAACAUCUAAUCCAUCUACAUCUCCAGACCUUCCUCCCCACAAUUUCAACUCCACAGCUCCAAAGCCCGCAGAGCCAGACUCUGACUCUGAAUCCCAAACCCUCAGCGAACAUAGUUCCGGCUCUGACGCAGCUUUUUACUGUAGUAUAGGGAGUCCGAGCGAGGAUGAAGAAGAUGGGUCUGGUGCUUCUUUGGUUCUUGGGGCGGAGGCGGAGGGGGAGGGGGAGAUAGGUGGGGAGGGAGAAUCUGGGCUAACGAAAAAGACUUUACGGGAAGCUGUGUCUACGUCUGGGACUGAUGUUGCUGCUGACAGUGGAGGUGCAGAAGAUAAAGAAGAAGCAAGAGAAGAGGAAAAUGAGAUUCAUAACAAGAACAGUAAAAGAAGGAAAUCGGAGAAAAGAUUUACAUUUUUGAAGCGACUUUUUGGUCGGAAGAAGUUAAAAGUUAGUAGUGGAGAUGCUGGUAUUGGCGGGGGUAUUUGA